AUGGUACUGGCCACACAGAGAGGCGGGGUUUGCUUCUUUUGCACCUUUGGCUCUGCUGAGUUACGAUUUAUCAGGCCGGCCACAACCAAUGUCAAGAGACAGUUUUCGACUGGGCCCGUUCAAUCGGGCAUAUUGGACGACCUAUUGAGCCCCUCACGAAACCCACCGCCCAUCACUCGCAGUGAGAAGAGAGACAUUGAGCGAAGUCUUAGGGGCAAGAGAAAGGAAGGCCGUCACACAAUUUACGAUGGUUCGAAUCCACGGGGGUUUGCGGCUGCAAAUAAAGAAACAAAGAGGGAGCCGAGAAAUGAUCCUGUGAUAAGAAUUCCGGGCAAAGGAGCCCAUUCUUUAUUCCUCGGACCCAAUGAUGUUAUACGUUCGUCAGAUAGGCGUCAUAUCCCAGUCCGCACUCCCCAAGCAGCAUCGCACAGCAUCUUCGGCGGUAGCACACCCCGUCGAGAUUAUGCUUAUAUACCACUCGAAACUAUCCAUAAGCGCAUCUUAGGAGAGUUUAAAGACUUGCGAUCCGAAAUCUCACAGGCGUAUGACCCGCAAGGCCCAGCGGGUUCGAAUUCAGAUGGGUUUACCGGACUCGCAACCGCGGAAGAAUUUAACAGGAUGGCGGAUGAUUUUGCUGCCUCUCUCACAAGAAGUUAUGUUGCUACAAAUCCAAAGAGUCAGCAGAAGUCCGGAAAGAAUCCUACAGGCAAAGACAAAUUAUCAAAGACUAGCAAUCCAGAAGGCAGUGGAGUCAAUAAUUCCGAUGAAGCAUCAUUGUUUAAUGAGUUGCGGCAAGUACUUAUUAUUGAUCCAUAUGACUUGCCCGGUCGAAUCAAAUAUUUGUUUACGAAGUUUGUAUGUGACGCCAAAGUUUCGUCACAAACAUUAAGACAACAGCAAAAAUUCGUGGAUUUACGAUACCCCAUUGAAUGGUUCCCUGCUACUCGAGCGUUGCAACGCAAAGUACAUCUACACGUUGGGCCAACCAAUUCCGGAAAGACCUACCACGCCCUUCAACGUUUAGAGCAAGCCGAGUCUGGCCUUUACGCUGGCCCUCUUCGUCUUCUUGCUCACGAAGUUUAUUCUCGCCUCAACGCAAAAGGGAAACCUUGUUCCUUAAUAACCGGCGAAGAACGGCGGUUUCCAGAAGGCCCGACACCCACCAUGAGUAGCUGCACGGUUGAAAUGGUUCCACUGAACACCGAGGUUGAGGUCGCAGUGAUAGACGAAAUUCAAAUGAUGGGCGAUGGAUUUCGUGGUUGGGCUUGGACGCAAGCUUUUCUUGGUGUCAGAGCUAGAGAAAUCCACAUUUGCGGUGAGUUAAGGACGAUUCCGUUGAUACAGAACCUAUGCAAGUUGAUGGGGGAUGAAUUGACGGUACACCGCUACGAGCGUCUUACCCCCUUGGAGUGCAUGGGGAAGAGUCUCCACGGGAAGCUAGACAAGCUUAAGAAGGGAGAUUGCAUCAUUCUAUUUUCAAGAGUUGCCAUACACGCAAUGAAAAAGGAAGUAGAGAGAGCCACCGGAAAACGAUGUGCCGUUGUGUAUGGUUCUCUUCCUCCAGAAACUAGGGCACAGCAGGCUGCGUUAUUCAACGACCCGGACAACGAGUACGACUAUCUCGUUGCCAGCGAUGCUGUUGGCAUGGGGUUGAACCUAGCCAUCAGGCGUGUCAUUUUCGAGGCAUUGUCUAAAUUCGACGGGAAAUCCCACCGCAACAUUCCUAUUUCUGAAAUCAAACAGAUUGCUGGACGUGCCGGCAGAUACAAGACUGCGGCAGAGGCUAUGAAAAGGAAAGAUGGCCCUACAGGCGAGGUCUCUCGACAAGUGGGAAGGAAUGUUGGCCUGGCUACGACACUUGAUGCCGUCGAUCAUGCUCUUCUAAAGCGAGCUAUGGGCACCGACGUGGAGCCUCUCAAAACUGCAGGGAUUUUCCCUCCAUCAACGAUACUUCAGAAAUUCGCAGCUUACUUCCCAAAAGGCACGCCCCUAAGCUACAUAAUUUUACGACUGAACGAGUUCGCAACUCUUAACCCUAUGUUUACCCUUUGUGAUUUCAAUGAGCAGCUACUGCUUGCUGAUAUGAUCGAACCGUUCAACUUGACACUCCAAGAUCAGCUGGUUUUUAUAGCAGCUCCCGCAAAUGUCAAACGGAGAGAACAGAGACCGAUUAUAGAGGCACUAGCAGCUAUUAUCGCAAACCGGAGUGCUACAGACCUCCUUGAAAUCCCUGCUCUGAAUCUUGAACUCCUUGAUGAGACUCUGACAGAAGGGAAGGAGUACCUUUCCAAGUUAGAGGCACUUCAUCAAGGCAUCACACUCUAUCUCUGGCUCAGCUACCGGUUCGCUGGUGUUUUCCGAAGCCAGGCGCUAGCGUUCCAUAUUAAAUCUCUGGUGGAAGAAAAAAUUAAUGAGUCUCUAGCCAACGUGCCAUUCGAAGAGAAUCGGAGACGUGUGGUUCAAGCUCUCAAAUUAAAGGCGCUUCAAAAGCAGGCUGAGGAGGACGCUUUAAAGGCGCCGGCUGUGGAAACUGAAACUCACACGCCCAUGAGCUACGAAGAUGAGGAUCGCCAGGAGCCGUUGAUAGACGUGGCAGAUGAAGAAGCGAUUUCUGAAGAAGCAGUUGCCGACGAAGCAGAAGACGAUGACGAAUAUGUGGAGGAGCCCUCGAAUAUACCCAAUGCUGAAAACUAG